AUGGGCUGUGUUAAUGAUAAAUAAGGCCAAAGGUCUCCCAAACACGCUAAUCCUCUUGAUUCUAAGCCAUUCUUACAAGAAUCAAGCCAAUUAUUAAAAGAAUAUUUAAGAAUUGAAUAGGAACUCUUCAAACAAAGAGUCCAUCUCAACAAUUUAAUUUCCAGUUAAAGAAAAUAAGAAAUGACACUAAACAACAUGUCUUUACCUAGAGGUAGCUCCUUGAAUGAAAAAUAAGGUGAAUGGGCUGAAUAAACUUAUUUUUAAGAAAUGCAACUAUUAAGCGAACUUGAAAAGAAAGCUUUAGCUUAGCCUGCCCACUAUUAAAUUUUGAUUGAGAAAAUCAAUCGUGUCCGUUCUAAUUUCUCUCGCUUAGUCAAGUAAUUAAACUAAAUAAAGACUGCCCAUAUGAAGUUAAUGUCUAUGGGAUAGAAAUAUGGUGUUUAAAAUCAAGGAGAUUUUGAAAUUGCCUACAAUGAAUUGAAGAAAUAAGAAGAAAAAUUCUCUGCUUAUUUUGAUAGAAAUCAAACCCGCAAUAAAAUUUCUCUUUCCGAAACAACUCAAGCUACUAAUUUUAAUAAUUGA